AUGACAACGAACUCUGCUGCUUACGAAGCUAUUGUUCGGGCAGGUCCUCGUCUUAACCAACUUCAACAGGUCCAUGCUCACCUCAUCCUAACGGGCUAUGGUCGUAGCCGUAGUCUCUUGACAAAGCUCAUUACUUUAGCUUGUUCCGCUCGAGCCAUCGCCUAUACUCGCCUUCUCUUCCUCUCUGUCCCUUUUCCCGAUGAUUUCCUCUUCAAUUCAGUCAUCAAAUCGACCUCAAAAUUGCGUUUUCCCUUUGAUUGCAUUUCUUACUACCGUCGUAUGUUAUCUUCCAACGUUUCUCCGACUAACUACACUUUUACCUCCGUUAUCAAGUCCUGCGCCGAUCUCUCGGCAUUGAGAAUCGGAAUCGGAGUUCACUGCCACGUAGUGGUCUCUGGUUUUGGCUUGGAUACUUAUGUUCAGGCUGCUUUGGUCACGUUCUAUUCAAAGUGUGGAGAUAUGCGUGCUGCACGCCAAGUGUUCGAUAGAAUGCCUGAGAAGUCUGUUGUGGCGUGGAAUUCGUUAGUUUCUGGGUUGGAGCAAAACGGGUUGGCAGAAGAAGCUAUUCAGGUGUUUUAUCGGAUGCGAGACUCAGGGUUCGAACCAGAUUCAGCAACAUUUGUGAGCGUCCUUUCGGCCUGUGCACAAACUGGUGCGAUUAGUUUAGGUUCUUGGGUGUAUCAGUACAUUGUCUGUGAGGGUCUUGACCUGAAUGUUAAACUCGGUACUGCGUUGAUCAACUUGUAUUCUAGGUGCGGUGAUGUUGGAAAAGCCCGGGAAGUCUUUGACAAGAUGAAGGAAACAAAUGUCGCUGCUUGGACGGCAAUGAUCUCUGCUUAUGGUACUCAUGGAUAUGGCAAACAAGCAGUAGAUCUGUUUGAUAAAAUGGAGGACGAUUACGGUCCAAUACCUAAUAACGUAACAUUUGUAGCUGUUUUAUCAGCCUGCGCUCACGCAGGACUCGUUGAGGAAGGACGUAUGGUCUACAAGAGAAUGACCGAGAGUUAUGGAUUAAUCCCGGGAGUGGAACAUCAUGUUUGUAUGGUAGAUAUGCUUGGGCGGGCUGGAUUUUUGGAAGAAGCUUAUAGAUUCAUACAUCAGCUUGAUGCUACCGGAAAAGCAACUGCUCCAGCGUUGUGGACAGCAAUGCUCGGAGCUUGCAAGAUGCACAGGAACUAUGAUCUUGGUAUAGAAAUCGCCGAGCGUCUAAUAGUCCUCGAGCCAGAAAAUCCUGGUCAUCAUGUCAUGCUCUCAAAUAUCUACGCCUUGAGUGGAAAACCCGAUGAAGUAUCACACGUAAGAGAUGGAAUGAUGAGGAACAACCUUAGAAAACAGGUCGGCUAUAGCAUAAUUGAAGUAAAAAACAAGACGUAUCUGUUCAGUAUGGGUGAUGAGUCUCAUCAAGAGACUGGAGAAAUUUAUUGGUAUCUGGAAACUUUGAUGCGUCGGUGCAAGGAAAUUGGGUAUGCACCAGUUUCUGAAGCAGUGAUGCACCAAGUAGAGGAAGAGGAAAAGGAGUACGCACUUCGAUACCACAGCGAGAAGCUUGCUGUAGCAUUCGGGUUGUUGAAAACCGUAGAUGUAGCCAUUACAGUUGUGAAGAAUCUACGCAUCUGUGAGGAUUGUCAUUCUGCUUUCAAGUACAUUUCUGUUGUAUCCAAUAGGCAGAUCAUAGUGCGCGAUAAACUUCGGUUCCACCAUUUCCAAAAUGGUUCUUGUUCAUGUAUGGACUAUUGGUAA